CUGAAAAAUGGCGGGUAAUUCUCCCCACGGCGGAGGUUUUCCAGGCGCCGGAGAUGAUUUCGAUCCCAUGACUCUACCUCUGAGGACCCGACCUUUUAUUCCCGGGAGGUACCGUCCGCCAGCACAUGUCCUCCCUCGUGCUGUCUUCCGUCACUUUACUAGCUUUGACGAGCGAGCACCCGGGGAUCUGCUUCUCCGAGAGCCGGAGCAUCACCUCUCUCAUGAGGCCCGAGAGCCAUCGCGAGGGUACAUGGAGGAGGUGGUUGGACUGGUGGCCACACUCAAGGGCAUGGUCCUGCGUAGGGAGGCACAGUUGUCUGUCGCGGGCAUUCAGAUGCCUUCAUGGUCCGGUCAGCCGCAGGCCAGGCCACCUGGGCCUCCUUGGGGAGCUGGGCCAUCUGGGCCUUUUAAGGGAGUUGGGUCACCCGGGCCUUUUCAGGGGGCGGGGUCAUCUCGGCCUUCCCGAGGAGCUGGGCCAUCUAGGCCUUUUCGGGGAGCUCGAGGAGGGCAUGUCCGCAGACGCAGGGCUCACGUUGUGGAGGUGGAGCCUGAUGAUGAGGAGGAGGAGGCUACCGAUCGUCAGUCAGAGACAUCUGCUGAGGAGGGGGGUUCCGGUUUUGGCUCGGGGAAUAGAGGCGAGGCUGAGGGGGAUCCUGAGGAUGACAGCUCCGACUCAGAUGGUGAUGAUGGUGCGGAGAUUGUCCCGCAGAAGAGGAUGAGGAGUGCUUCUCGUUCCCGCUCCCGAGGACAUUGAUGUUGCUAUUUCCUGCUUUAUUUUUCUUUUUGCUAGUAGUUUGUAGCACUUUGCACAUUGUUAGGCAGUUUUAUUUUUUGUAAAACUUGUACCUUCGUUUGUUGUAAAGCAUGAUGGAAUGAAAUAGCUUUUGAAAAGGUGUUUGUAUUUUAAACUUUUAGCAUCGUAUCACAUCAAUUUAUUUCGCACAAAA